CUCCCUUCAAAAGCACUCUUCAUCCGCACAUCUUCCCUUCCUGCCUUCUCAUCCUCUACUUCGACUUGACGGCUUCGUCUGUCAUCUCCUGCCUGUUUCGCUGCACCCAAGAGCGUCAGCCACUGUCGAUUGGCCGUCAUCAUCAUGGCUGUCUUCUCGCGUCUGACGCUGCUGGUGCUCGCCUCUGUGCUGGUGGGGAGCAUGGCCAAGGAGUGCGUGACGGACUCCGACUGCCCGUCUGGCGAGGUCUGCUGGGUGGCUGAUGAUGAUACCAGGUCGUGCAAGACGGAGGGGAUAGAUCUCCCAGGUAGGAGUUGGCAACUCACCGCCGGCUGACCGGACAGACAAUUACUGGCCGUCAGUCAGUCAUCCCCAUUCCUCCCUUAUUUUCUGUGUGGUGUAUCAGGGUGGUUAAUUGCCAUCAUAGUGCUGGUAAUUGUUCUUCCGAUUUGUGGCGUUGUUGCGUUGAUUAUUGCGUGUUGCACAUGUUGCGCGGCGCGGAAGCCCGCGCCAAGAGUGGUGAUGAUACAGUCAAGGCCAAUGUGAGACACCAAAACGAAUAAACAGGGCGCACUGCAGCACGCAUCCAUCAACGUGUGUCGCCAUCGACUGUGUCGUUCGCUGGUGUGUGUCUGUUGUUUUCAGGUACGUGCCCUCUCAGCCAGCUCCAAUUCCCGCCUGUGUGUAGGCCCGGCUACCACUGCAAGCGCGGCAAAUGUAAGUGAGGCAGCUUACGCAGGCAGACAGACAGGCACACAUACGUGCCCAUCUUCAAUUCACGCGCCUCCAUCGAUGUCAUGUAUGCCACCCUCAAACUUCUCCAGACUGCACCCGACUGCCUGCCUGCCUGCCUGCUUGCCUGUCCAGCUGUAAUUUGUGCUGUCCGUCACUGGUUUUUCAUCACGUGUGUCGAUAGAUAGGUAUUGAUGAGUGUACGUGUGUCUGUUGAGACUGCCUGCUGUGUGUGUGCGUGUAUGUGUGAUGCGUCUGCAUUGGAUAAAUAGUCGACUGGCGUGUUGCUUGCCCUUUGCCUGUCAGUGCACUGUGUACGUUGUGUUGUGUGUGACUCUUCCAGCGGAGAGGGACGUAAACAGUGAGUCUCUCUUCAGUGAAUCGUCGACAUUGACGCGAACACAUUAAUGAAUGUGGCGGUGUACGAGUGUGGGGGUGUCGGUUGGUCGCCCUGGCCGUUGAAUAGAAUGACGUCGAUGAACGGUAGUGUGACGGCCAACCGACAAGCGAGAACGUCUAUCUGUCUGUCUCUCUGCCUCUCCACAUCGAAGUGUUACUGGUCUGGCGCCAGACUGCUGGUGCCCCUAUGUGUGGAUUGGUGUGUUUGUUUAACACCCUGCGCGUGCGUAUGUCGUCGGCGAACAGGGCCUGCCUACUUCGUAAGUACUUUUUCUGUCUGACCUGUCUGCCUGCCUUGGCUUGAUCUAGUGAAUGACACUGUGUAUUCAUUUCGGGAGAUACACGAAUAGUCGGUCGGUUGGUUGUUGUCAAAAGGGUCUUGGGUCUUAGUACAAUACUAUCAAUUUGUGUCCGGAAGAGAAAUUCACUAUGUAUACAUCGUUGACACUGACAUGUAGUGUGUACUCGCCCUCCCCGUCUGAGUGAAUGGAAUGACAGACAUCAAAUGAACGAAAUUCGG